GUUUAGAAUGAGCAGCAACUUUCCGAAACUGAUAACGAAACCAGCCAGAGUUCGGAUCAAACUAGCAGAUCAGAAGAUACGAGAGCAGAUAUCAUCGCCAGUGGUGAUCAAGGGUUCCAAUCUUCAUUUUUACCACAGGUUAAACCAGACGUAUAAUAAGUUCAAACCUCUCAGACUCAUCAGUGCCGCUUGGCACAAAAACACUAAAAAUGGGGACUACUUCUCUAUCUUACCACAUAGGCCCAACAAGUCUACUCCUCGGAAACUAAAUAGUUUUGAAACAUUCGGUCUAAGUGCGAAAGUGAUCUCAGCUCUGUUACGAAAUUCCUUUCGAUGGCCAACUGAAAUUCAGCAGUUGAGUUUUCCAGCUAUCUUGAAACGGGAGAGACAUGCCGCCAUAUUUGCUUCAACUGGAUCUGGCAAAACACUGGCUUAUCUGACACCGAUUAUGCAAUCAAUUGUUGAUCUCUCAGAUUCGGAAACAUUAAAAAAGCCCAGAAAUCCGAUUUGUGUCAUACUUGUACCCACCAAUGAGUUAUGUAAUCAAGUUCACGACCUCUGUUUAAAGUUCAGCGACCUUUUUAACUCGGCACAUGUACAUUCAGAAAUGACACCCUUGGAAGUAAUUCGAGUUAAAGAAGUUGUUAACGAAGUUGUAGUAGGAACUCCCGAGGGCCUGACUAAUGUUGUCAAAAAAGGGUUAAUCAAGUUCAACCAAUGCAGGUUUUUAGUGAUUGACGAAAGUGACUCUUUACUCGAUAACAGUUUCUACCCUACAAUACAACAAAUUCUGUCUCAACUAGUUUUAAAUGAUACUAACCAUGCUAUGCUGUGCAAAUUGGUGUUUUGUGGAGCCACUUUGCCAAAAAACUUGGACGAUAUUUUGGAGAGCUACACGGGGUCUAAUGGCGAACACUUACAAAUGGUUCAGGGAUCUUCAGUUGAAUGUGUUAUGGGUCAUGUUAAGCACGAUUUCUAUCGUCUGGCGCCUUCGAAAGUUUUAUUAGCUAUCCGAUCGCUGCUGCAUGAGCUGGUGCGUAAACCAGGCAAUAUAUUAAUAUUCUGCAAUUCGUCAUCUUCAGUCAGAAAACUGUCUUUUUUCCUGCAGAAUGAAGGAUUCAAACACGAAGCGGUGUACGGAGAUGUUGAUAAGCACUAUCGUAAAAAUGUGAUGAAUUUGCUGCGAGAUGGCUUUGUCAAGGUGCUCAUUUCCACUGAUGUCAUAUCGAGGGGCUUCGAUACAAGCAAUGUGAGCUAUGUCAUUAACUACGACUGUCCCUACCACAUGUCAGAUUACGUGCACAGGGCAGGUCGUGUGGGUCGCAUUGGACAGUCGAGUGGGGGCAGAGUGAUCACGUAUGUGUCUAGACCAUACCACGCAGAAGUGGUGAGAGAGAUCGAGAAGUCCGUGAGAUUGCACAGACCCCUAAUGGGAGUGGACUCCAACAUCAAGCAGCACUUCAGAAACCACUCUGAGAUCAGAAGGGCAGAGCAGUACCAGCAGAUGGUCGAGGCCGAAGAGAAAGCACACUCAAAGGUCACGAGGAAGUCCGCAAAACCUUAUGCCGUCACAUGAUUACAAAACUUGAACCACAUUUGAUUUGAAGUGAACUUGAACUUGAAA